AUGGGAAUUGAUGUUACAGUCCACACUGUUAUAUUAAGGAUUUAAGGUUUCCUUUUUAAAAGCGUCCGUUUUUAGGAAAGCUCUUUCAAAUUUCCACGUUUGAAAAACACGAACAUUACUGUAAACGGGGAUAAAGUCAGUUUUAACAGAAAACACUUCCUCCCUCUGUUCUUUCCGGUCCAUUAACCUUGGUAACAAAAACAUUUAGAACUAUCUACAAUGGCUUUCCCAGGAAAACACUCUUUUGCACGACUCGGAAAACCAGUAAGUUUUAAAUUACCUUUUGUAUUAAAUACAUAUAGAUGACAUCGAGUCAAAAUGGGAUAGCGUUUAUCCUCACGUGCGAAUGUACAUUAUUAUCUUUGCAAUAUUUUCAUGCAGACUUUUGUUUAACGACAAAAUAUACACAAAAUACAUUUUUGAUAUCCCUUCAAUAUCCGGCAGAUUAAAGUUUUCUUGCUCUAAAAUGUAGAAGGGUAGAAACGACUUAAAAAGUGUCAAAUGCUGAGCAUUUGUAUCAGAAAACAAAAGUAAUCGAACUCCGAGACAAAUUCUUAAAACGCCAUCAUUGUUGUUGUGUCUUUCAUUCCUUUUUCGCCUCUGUUCAAUUUUCAAGAACAAUUUAUGAGAAUCUUUGUACGCGAUAAAAAAGGGAAGAUGACUUCUUCAUGUACAUUGUCUAACAGCAUGAACUUAUUUCAUAAUUCGUGAGUUGCAUGGUUAACCUACGUCCUACACUUUCUUGUUUCCACGGUGUAAUUUUGCAACAAAAACAAACUAACUCUAAAAAAUCUCCGGAUACAAGAAAAAGUAAAAACGACGUGGUUAUGGAGGUGGUGUAAUAUGGCAUGAACUGAUUUUAAAUUUGUUCUCAUGAGUGGAUAUCAACAUCCUUAAUUAGAAUGCGUUGAAUUCAUUGCAAAACAAAAAUAAAAUCAAUUUAGACAGUGCUGAUAUGACCGAAUACUUCUGGCCUCUAGGAUAGGAAGGGGGCAUCGCGAAAAAGGGAAAAGGGAGAGGGGACUGAGAGAUAAAAGCAACUCUCCUUUUUCCCUUUCGCGUUCUUUACUGCCCCCCUUCCCCACCCUCCCCUCCCCCCCCAACUCCCCUCCAACUUCACGCCUGGUGUGGUACCUCAGGGAACAGAAACAGUACGACUAGCAUUAAAACAAAGGGUUUAACUAAUUGGGCUGAAUAUCAGUCUCGGGCCUCGUUACAGCCCUACUGUAACAAGGAAGGAUUCAACGUACUAUGCACCGAUGGCAACGGCUCUAAAGCAAGAAUUGGUAUCGUUGCCAACAAUCAAAAUGUCUGUAGCUCUUGUGACUCCAGAAUCGGGUUUGGCACUGGAGGG